CAUAUUGACAGGUGUCUUUUAACAUUUCCCUUUUCCUUCCCUCAACCGUUACCCAGUAACUGUGGAAUGGAAGCAAACUUCAGCUUUUUAGUGUUUGCAUUCUUACGUGCAUGCUUUUGCUACAUCUUAGACUUUGUGUGUUUAAUGCUGAUGUAAAUCCUCUCAGUCACCACGAUUUAUUUUAUAAAUUAGUGUUUUGUCAGUGCUGUAAUGUCACUUCUCGCCUACAGAGGGCAGCAGAAGAAUGGGGGUUUAAACCAGCACCGGAAGUCCCUCUGACCUGAAGCGGAAGUUUCUUUGACUUGUAGCAGAAGUCUUGUAAACCUGUAGAGUGAUGGCGGAACUGAACCGACAACUCCAGGAAUACUUGGCUCAGUCCAAAGGCGGCGGGACCAGAACUAUCUCGCAGUCUAGCUCCAGCACUGCAGUGGAUCUGGGAGACCCAGAGCCGGUUUCUGGGAGCUGGUUCGGGCGUUGGUCCAGUCCGUGGGCCGGAGGACAACCGUCUUCUGGAGGAAACAGCGGUUUCUCCUGGCCCUGGUCGGCCGAGCCGGACCCCUGCCUGCCGGGACUGAGCCGCCGGCAGCGGCUCGUUGCUUUUGGCGUGUGCGUGUCAUUCUCAUCGCUCUGCUUCGGCCUGUCCGCUCUGUACGCCCCGCUGCUGCUGCUCUACGCCCGGAAGUUCGCGUUGCUCUGGUCGCUCGGAUCCCUGUUUGCCAUCGCUGCCGCCGCGGUCCUGCGGGGGCCCAGCAAGUUGGCCGCCGGACUGCCCACCUCUCCAGGAGCGGCGGUGUACCUGUGCGCCCUCGGGGGGACCCUUUACGCGGCGCUGAGCCUUCACAGCACCGUGCUGACGGCGCUUGGAGCCGCGCUGCAGGUCGCAGUCAUCGGUGGGUUCGUGGUGUCGCUGAUACCCGGAGGGAGCGCUGGGAUGAGGCUGGUUGGCGGCAUGGCGGCCUCCGCCAUCAAAAGGACCGUGACAGGAAAAACCUUACCGAUCUGAAGCAGUCAGUGAACCGACUGAUCACCUAUAUGACUAAAAUGAACCCUGCGCGCGGACUGUCAGGCGCAGACGUUUGUGCUAAAGGAGCGUCACUUCAUGGAUCGGUGCACGAGCAGGUCCAGUGGUUUAGUUGAAGCAUUCCUCCUGUGACUACGGAUUUAACUAAGUUUUCUGAAAAUAAACUUUUCUGUUACUGUUAACCUAUUAAGGCGGUUAUUACACACAGCAGCCACAGGGUGGCGCUGUGUCCCCUUGCAGGAACCCUAAAGGCUGCAGGUUCCAGGGUACAUUUGAAAUGGAGGCAAACAGGUCGAACACCACCAGGUUCUGACUGCUCAGCCCUGCAGAGAAGAGCUGAACAGCUGAUUCUCAGGUUUUAUGACCUGCUGGCGCUUGGAGCCCCCUCCUCCCAACAUACAGACACUUCUCUACACGAACCAAAAUAAAAUGACUCCCACAACA